GUCUGUCACGUUUGUUGUGGGCCAAAAAAAUCUUCUAAAAUUAUACGUUUUUGUUUUACCAUUUCAUUGCUUUGAUUUGAUAUUUAUAUAAGCUUUCUGAAUUCUAAUUUCUAAUUACAUUGUGAGAAAAGUUGAACUAAACUCGGUAUGAGAUAUAAAUAAAUUUAGUGUCGAAUUUCUAUUAAUUUCCUCUGCAUAUAAACGCAAGUAUGCCCACAAUGACCGACGAGCGAAACUUCCGAUCGUCGUAUUACGAAAAAGUGGGAUGCCGCGGUGUGGAGGAGAAGAAGUCCUUGGAAAUACUGAUGAAAGAGAAGCCGUGGGACAGAGUCAAGCUCAAACAUUUCUGUUUGCGGUUUACCGUGCCUGCGGCGUAUAGAAAAUUAGUAUGGAAAGUGUUGCUUGACAUACUACCAGUGUUCCCUGACUCCCACCAGUUUGUAGCAGAGCAGCGCACAGACCAGUACAAUGACCUCCUCUAUGCAGUGGAGUCUCUGGAGAUGGUGGACAUGAAGGCUCCCAGGGCAGAGAUCCUGAUGGCCAUGUGGCUACUGGAGCUGGAAGAACUGAAACCUCCUAAAUUCCCGGAAACUAAUUAUUAUUCAGCAGAUACUUUUCUGCCGAUAGCAAACACAUUACUGCAGCUGUAUGAUGAUGAGGUGGAUGCGUACUGGCUGUGCAAGUCUCUUACUGAGAUAGUGCGGAGCAUGCAGAAAGACUUGCACAAACUGAAGGAGGCCUUCCACACCAUGCUGGAGAAAGAGGACCAGGAGUUAUAUAAUCAUCUAGUUGAAAUCAAAGCACUGGAAGUUCUUCCUCUGACCAAGUGGUUCAACUGUUGUUUUGCAGGUGUUCUUGACGAUACAUCGCUGACCAAGAUAUGGGAUAAAAUCUUCAGCGGCGCGCCAAAGAUCCUGUCGUUCGUGGCCGUGAUGCUCGUGGCGACGCUGAGGAGGAACAUACUGAAGGCUACCACUGAAGACGAGGUGCUGAAGUGCGUCUCUGAGAUACCAGAGCAAUGCGAAGAGGUAGUGGCUAACAAGGCGAUAGAACUGUGGCAGUACUACGCCCAGCCGCAGAACGACCAGCUGGUCAAGAAAUGAUGCAUGACCUUCUAAUGGGGCCGACCCAUUAGAAGUAUGUGUGAAUUGUGAAGUGUGGUGAACAUGACUUGUGUAGUGUAGCACCUGCGGGCAAACGCUGGGAAGGUUUUGCCUAUAGAGAAGGGAAGAAGGGAUCUCUUACUAGAAGAGGUCUCCGCUUCACAUUUUCAUGCAAAUUGACAGCAUGAAUAUUGAGGUGAAACACAACAAAAACUGUCACUUUUAUAGAUUCAAAAAUUGGCACGUACUAACUACACUGUAGCUCCAAAUAAUCAGAGAAGUGCGAAUUGAUCCGAAGAAAAGUGAUUUGCUAGUGAAUGUAGAGCGGGUGCCUGAGACAAAUUAGAACAUAAAAAUCUCACAGGAUAUUCAGAUUAUUUAUGUUUAGGUUU